AUGAAUUUUGUAUCAGAAGCUGAUGGCGUUAUGGAGGAAUCUGUUAUAACUGAGAAUGUUCGUGCUCGGCAUAGAAAAAAACUAGACAAAGAUGAUUUUGUGUCCUCCCAAAGCAUCACCAUCCAGGGACUGGAAAAUGAACAUACUUCUGAUUACCCCGGCUGGUCAGGAGAGGCAGUGAAAAAGCUAAUUGACCUGUACACGGAACAUGUGGGAUAUUUUACAAACCCAGACAUUAAAAAGAAGAAUGUGUGGGGGUUGAUCACAAGGAUGCUAAGUGAUAGUGGAUUCAACUAUACUGUGAAGCAAGCAGAACAGAAAUGGCGCAAUAUCAAACGGCAAUAUAGGAAAACUAUUGAGAGGAGGAAUGAGGGCAAGAAAGUACAUUGUCCCUACUUCAAUGAACUUGACAAAAUCUUCUCCUCAAUUAUUUCAUCACCACUUCAUAUAAAUGAGAGCAGUAGCAGUGCUCCUCCCAUGAUCUGUGAGGUGAAUGACACAGAUCUUCUGUCCAGUGAUGUUGAGAUCAAGCAGGAAGCUGACUUAGAGGUGGAGGUGGAUGAGUCCAUACCUGGCCACAUGUCCCCACCUCGAAAAUCACGCCGAAUUGAAACAGAAUGGGCUGGUGUGGGAGAUAUGAUUGAUAUAAUUGAUGACAAACUUGAAGAAUUGAAAUAUAACCAGCAACGCCAUCAUGAGGAAACAAUGUUAAUGUUGAAACAAAUUCUUGAUGCUGUGCGACCAAUUGGAGAAUUCUUCCAGUACAUGAAGAAUUUUGGGAAGUGA